AAUCGGAGCCUCGGAGGUGAUGGGAUACAACCCAACUUUAUGCAUCGAAGGUUUUGGCUUGUGGGUUUUCUAUGGCUAACAUUUGUUGCUCUAUCGAGAUGGAGCCUAGGACCUUACGUGAAGGACAACUCAGCCAUGCCAGGGUGUCGAAAGCUUUUGAUUUACUACAAGCCCUUAACGUUUCUUUCUUCCAGGAAGUGGCUGCGGAUGUAGCUCAAAAGAUGGAACCAGAAGAAGCGUCCGAUGUAUUCAUAAAUGGGCUGAGACCGGUUGUUUCAAUCAAGGAGAUGAGUCAGAUUGAGGGAAAUGGAGAUCGACAUGAUCACAAAGUUGUAGAGUGCAAAGAGAAGACUGCUGAGAUUAUUGACAGACCUUGCCAAUGCUCAUGCAUCCCUAAAGACAUAGAAUCCCCUGAUCAAUUGAAUCUUAAGGAGCCGCUUUCAGCCCCAUUUUGAUGAUUUAUGUGUGGUAUUUUAAGGUGUCUGGUCUUUGUUUUAUUUUAUUUUUCUUAGAGAAUAUAUAAUUAGUCAUUUAUUUUUAAGAUGAUUGGGAACAAUUGUUCUGUUAAACACUUCUGAUUUGAAAUUGAUCUCCUUAAAAUUA